AUGGACAUGGCCAUUGACCUCUCCGACGCCUCCAAGGCCCUCGACCUCGCCAACAUCCGCUUCCAGCUCAUCCGCCUCGAAGACACAAUCACCUUCCACCUGAUCGAGCGCGUCCAGUUCCCCCUCAACCCCACAAUAUACGUUCCCGGCGCCGUCGACAUCGGCACCCCCUCGCUCUCCUUCCUCGACUGGAUGCUGCGCGAGCAAGAGCGCCUGCAGUCGCUCGUCCGCCGCUACCAGUCGCCCGACGAGUACCCGUUCUUCCCGGACGCCCUGCAAGAGCCCAUCCUCAAGCCGCUCCACUACCCCAGGAUCCUGCACGACAACGACGUCAACGUCAACUCCAAGCUGAAGGACUGCUACACCCAGCACAUCCUGCCCGCCGCCUGUCUGCAGAAAGCCGAGGGCGACCGCGGCGAGUCGCAGGAGAACUACGGCAGCGCGGGCACCUGCGACGUCCUGUGCCUGCAGGCCCUGUCGCGGCGCAUUCACUUUGGAAAAUUCGUCGCCGAGGCAAAGUUCCAGAAGGAGCCCGAGCGCUUCGCCGCGCUGAUCAAGGCCGAGGACAGGCAGGGUAUAGACGAGGCCAUCACAAACGCGGCCGUCGAGAAGAAGGUCCUCGAGAGACUGCGCCUCAAGGCCAAGACGUACGGCACAGAUCCAGAUCUCGCGGCGGACGGCGUCAGCAAGGUCAACGCGGAUGCCGUCGUGGCCAUGUACAAGGACUGGGUGAUCCCCUUGACGAAAGAGGUUGAGGUCGAGUAUCUCAUGCAGAGGCUAAAGGGGACCCAGUGGGAAUAG